AUGUCCACCCCGCGCAGGACCGUGCUAGUCACCGGCGCUACCGGCAAACAGGGCGGCGCUCUCAUUCAGAGCCUCCUUUCGGCCCCUGAUACAGCCGGGCUUAACAUCAUCGCUGUAACGCGCGACGUCGCUAGUCCUCGUGCGCUGAAACUUGGCGCGAAUUUCAACGUAUCGGUCGUGGACGGCGACAUGGCCCAACCCGAGGCCAUCUUCCAAAAAGUUGGCCCUGUGUGGGGCGUGUACAGCGUGCAGAUUAACUCAGACGCCGAGGAGCAGCAAGGGACGGGCUUGGUCGACGCGGCUGUUGCUCAUGGGGUGCACCACUUCGUCUACUCGUCGGGUGACCGCGGUGGCCCCGAAAAAUCGCCCGUCAAUCCCACCGGAGUCAAAAACUUUGCAGCUAAGCACCGCGUUGAGAAGCACUUGGCGGAGAAGGCUGCAACCAGUCCGCAAAGUAUGACAUACACAAUCCUGCGACCAGUGACGUUCUUUGAGAAUCUUACCACCGAUAUCCAUGGGAAGGGGUUCGCUCGCAUGUGGGAGCAAAUUGGGGACAAGAAGCUGCAAUUUGUGUCUACCCGGGAUAUUGGUCGCGUUGCGGCCGACAGCUUCAUGCAUCCUGAUGACUAUCGCAAUGCUGCCCUGACACUAGUGGGCGAUGAGCUAACCCAACCCCAGGCUGAUGCCAUAUUCAAGGCUGCUGUGGGAUUCCCUAUGCCCAUGGCCCCGUGCCCCGUGGCUUCUACAGUCAAGUUCAUUUUAAAGGGCACCGUGGGAGACAUGUUUCGUUGGUUUGAACGUGAAGGGUAUGGGGGUGAUGUUGCUGCAUGCCGCAAGCUUUACCCUGGGAUAAAGGACUUCAAAGCCUGGAUCGAGGACAAUAAAGGGCUGUGGUUAUCUACCUAG